UUGCUCACACCGAUACUGUUUGCCACGGACGACAUUCUGCAUAUUUGCUUCCGUUUCUGAUGUGCACUGACGAGAUGUUAAGCAGUAACUAAUAUAUAUGGAUCAAAAACGUGCACCAUCAUGGCCUUUAUUAUUUAGUCGUUGACGUAAUCUGUGGACUUUCCACUUGUGAACUCUCCGUGAACCUUGACGGUAACCGUUACAGGUGAGAACAAGAUGGCGGACCCGCGCGAGGGAGCGGCCGGAUCGGACGAGCGUGCCGGCGACGACAACCCUUGGUACCGCACAAUCUGCAGGCAACGGAUGCGCUACGUGUUCUGUGCGUUCUUUCCCGUGGCGUUUGCCCUCGUGUUGUGGGGAGGGAUGACUUUUGCUGGGUCGCAGCAGACCAACAGCUCGGAGAGCAUCAUCCUGCUCGCUCUGGGCUUCCUGUUCCUGCUGCUGUGGAUGGUGGCAGUCGGCCACUACGACUACGCCCAGCGUCGCUACGGAGUUCCCGUCAAAUAUUGCACUCUAGUAAACGAGGGAUCUGAGGAGAACAGUUUUAGAUCGACCGUCAGGAUUUUAGCGCCCUUUGCUAUCCUGGGACACGCCCAGGAGGACGCGUCGCCUGGCGGAGGGAGUUCUACCGAUGGCCGAGGGAGCACGAGCGGUCAGGCGGCCACACCGGGAGGGUCUGGUGAAGACCGUGGCGGGCAGUACCGGCCCUGGUGCACGGACACGAGCGGCGCAGAGGGGUCGCACGCCGUGCAGAGCGGGGUCGGCUUCAGCGAAAUCAUCGUCAGAGAGGAGAGCGACGUCGGCGUGCAGCCGGUACAUUUCCACCCCGGCCAGGCUGAAGUUCGACUGGGCACUGCUCACGGUUCCCCUCCGCCGUAUGAGCAGGCAACAGCGAAAUGGACCAAGGACAGUUCUGUUUACGCCACCGUCUGUUAAACAAUUCGAGACACGCCUAGAUAUUUUUGGAUGUAGGGUGGCCGUUAUAAGUCGAUGGUACAAAGUCGAUGCAAACUUUCUGACCUUUGUGUCCUGUCGCAGUGUGUAGAAAACACGUACUGGUGGAUGCGUUUUUGUAGUCACGAAAAUGAUCGAGCCACGAAUUUUGAGGCAAAGAGGUGCUAACAGACAGCUUCAAAGUGAUAACUUCAGCAAACUUUGUCGCGAUCUCCGAUGGGCAGAAUUGCUU